AUGCAAUUGCGGACUGAGUGUGUUGGACUCAAUUGGUACUUGAACAAGUGCCACGUGUUGAGGGAUGUCAAACUUCCUGACUCCGACACGGUCGUCAGGCUGCAAGUAUCUUCACCGUUUCCCUCGCUUCCAUUCCGACGGAAUGUUGCUCACGCUGUGUAUCAGGAUCUGCUCCUAAAACCUACACCAACAGAACACCACGAUUACCCCUCUUUCAUCCGUAAGUUCGCCCUCGUCCUUCGUCUCCUCCUCCAUUGA